AUGACGGUGCUCACGGCAUCCUCGACCGCACCUCCAAAACCACCACCGCCACGACCUUCCUCAGCUCUCACGCGAGCCCCCACACCGCCAUCUGCCGUUCCACCCCCGUCCCUGAAAAACACUUGCGAGCCCGCCAGCGCUCCCAGUCCCUUUAAAAAACGAAAAAUUUCCUCCAUUUUCAACUCCAAUACUUGCACCGAGGAGAUGGAGGGGAGCGAGCCAGAGCUUUUUGUCCCUGCUAUACCAGCGGAUACAACCGAGAACGUCGGAAAGGGCGUCGCUCCUUUUUUGUCGAAGCACAUCCCGGAACAAUACGCGCCUCAAGGACCGCGUGGUCAGCAGGAUACACAGCAAGAUGAAUCCGAGAAGGGCAACACAAAGUAUUGUUAUCGGCAUAGGCCCGAUAUCAAAUGUAGGCGGCGGGCGGACGAGCCUACUAUGGAACAGCUGCAAAAGGUCUGAUUACAAAUCCGAGGGGGUGUGAGAGAAUAUCAAGGGCCCUUUUCGGACCUGAGAGUGAAGGGACAUUUGGCUAAUUGCUUCAAAAGCAAAUGGAAACACUACCCGCUGCGGACCAGCAAGCAAUCUCGCACGUUUGGUCGCUAUUCUCUGCUGCACCAGCAACCCAUAGGAAUAUGAUGCUACAAGGAAUCCUGGCACAAUGCUGCUUUCCUCAACUUUCAUUCAUUUCUGCUGCCCUUAGCACAUUGAUCCGCAUCGACUUCUUAACCGCACUUCCUCCCGAAAUCGCAUUCAAAAUUCUAUGUUAUUUGGAUACUGCAUCUUUAUGCAAAGCCGCGCAAGUCAGUCAUCGAUGGAGAACGCUAGCAGAUGAUGACGUCGUAUGGCAUAAGAUGUGCGAACAGCAUAUUGAUAGGAAGUGUGACAAGUGCGGGUGGGGACUACCUUUACUAGAGAGGAAGAGAUUAAGAGCGACGAAAAGGCAAAUGGAAUUGAGAGCGAAGGAGCCCGGCCUGAUUUUUACGGCUAGCAUCACUGCCGGAACAAGGUUGCUCAAUAUUCACGGGAAGCGCUCAACGGACAACGGUUCCGAGGAUGUUGAGAUGACGCCGAGCUCAUCGGCGAAGCGGCCUUGUCACCGCCCCGAAUCCGAAGCCGUGCCUCCCCCGUCAAAAACCCGUCCUUGGAAAGAUGUCUACUCAGAACGAUAUAAGGUGGAAUCGAACUGGCGUCGGGGAAGGUGCACCAAGAAGGUCUUCCAGGGCCAUUCAGACGGAAUAAUGUGUCUGCAAUUUGACGAUAACAUGCUCGCGACUGGCUCCUACGAUCGCACCAUAAAGAUCUGGGACAUCGAGAGUGGGCAAGAGAUCCGAACCCUCGUAGGACACGACCUGGCUGUCCGCGCGCUAAUGUUCGACGAUCAAAAACUUAUUUCGGGCUCCCUCGAUAAAUCCCUGAAGAUAUGGAAUUGGCGAACAGGUGAAUGCAUAUCAACCUUGCGGGGUCACACGGACGGCGUGAUAUGCGUUCACUUUAAUGAGAAUCUGCUUGCGUCCGGUUCCAUCGACCAGACCAUCAAGAUAUGGAAUUUUGCUGACAAGAGCUGCUUCGCGCUGAAAGGGCAUACAGACUGGGUCAAUUCGGUGCGAUUGGACUCCAGUUCCAGGACGAUUUUCUCCGCCUCAGACGACCAGACAGUGAGAAUGUGGGAUCUCGACACAAAAGCAUGCAUACGGGUAUUCGAGGGGCAUGUUGGCCACGUCCAGCAGGUGAUACCUCUACAACUUCUAAACCAUCAAUCCCCGAGAGGAGCAGCAGCGAGCGGAGAAGGUUCCUCCUCCUCACUUUCCUCCCCUCCGAUAAAACCCCAGAUCCCCCCAUCGCACCACCACCCCACUCAUCCAUUGGAAGAGUACCGAGAAGCAAACGCCUCGGAUUCGCCCAACCGAUCCCGUGCUCGCGCGCCUCCACCAAAGCAGAUGAUCACAGCCGCGCUCGACUCCCAAGUCAAGUUCUGGGACGUUGCCACGGGUAAAUGCACCAAGACGCUGUUCGGCCACGUCGAAGGUGUGUGGGCCCUGGCUGCAGACUCCCUCCGAGUAAUAUCGGGUGCGCAGGAUCGAAUGGUGAAGGUCUGGGACGUCCGCACAGGCCGCUGUCAGCGCACCAUCACCGGCCACUCUGGCCCCGUGACAUGCGUCGGUCUGAGCGACUCCAAGAUGGUUACCGGAGGGGAGGAUGGUGAAGCCAGACUGUACUGCUUCAAGAGCGAGGGCAGCAGCGCCAACGGCUGGACCACCCCGCCUGAGAUGGUCGGCAGCAGCGAUUCUGGUAGUGCCAUUGCGUACUCUGACGGUCAAGCCGAGGAUUAUUAUGACGGGAGUGGUGCCGGAACUUCCGGGUAAUGGACCGAAGGGGAUGGGGUUUGAUUUGAUUUGAUCACGACCUUUCUUUCUUCAGGCACAGGAACCUUAAACUAUCGUGACGUGUCGAUACACUCAGUCGUACCUUAAGCGCAUAUCCAUAUUUCCCCAUUCUCUUUCAUCUAAUCUCAUUACCUCCUGUUAUAUUUCCCAUUAUUUUUUGCGCGGUUUAAUUCCUCCAUUUUUUCCUUUUGUUGCUGUUGUUCCGCCCGCUUCCUUCCUUUUAUCGCAUGGUUACCGGUAUGCCAUGGGAAUAUUCCAAAGGGGACUCGCUCAUCAUCGGCAGGGUUAGUUGCCGUACGGUACUUAUUGAUUCUUUUUUUUUUAACCUUUAUCAUAUCUUCUGGAGUCGAGAGAUUUUCGUGUUCCCUUCAUUGCUUUUUGGGGGUGGAAAAACGGGGUAUUCAGACUUGUGCUUUGUUCGGGUUUCUAUCCAUCCAGCGAGCGACGUUUAUAUUGAAACAGUUUUUCUUUUCUUUUCUAUUUCUUAUCUUCUCCAUCCAUGCCUUCAAAAAAAACAAAAAAAGACUUGAUUAGAAUCUCCUCCCUU